AAUCUGGACGUACGGCCUAACUUCUCCUCAUAGACUAAAUGUGGCAAAUUGGCGUAUCUGGUUCGGAAAGAAAGAAAGAAAAAAUGGUAUAGAAAAGAGCGAAAAGGAAGCCUUAAGGUGGCGAGCAGAUGAGAAAAAGCAAAGCCCAUUUACAUAUGCAUGAUAUAUCCCACAUUAUUAGGCUCAUGUAAGUAAUUUAGCAAUAAAGUGGGUGGUUUUGCUUUUGCCCUAUGCUACUUUUUGUGUUGCUCUGCUCAUGUUCUGUCCUCCUCCUCCUCCUCCUCGCCCAUGGAUUAUAUAUACGGAGCCCUGGAAUACUGAAUUACGCAGUUAAACAAGUCCACAUUCAUUUCGUAUUAUAUAUACAAAGCUGAGCCCAGGCACGGUAGUGGAGGGAACCUGGAGGCUAUAUAUAUAUAUUUAUAAGAGCAAGAAGAGGAAAAGCACCAAAGUUGAGAGAGAAAGAGGAAUAAGAGAUAUCAUGGAAUGGAGAAAAUGCUAUUUGGAUGUAAUUCUGGUUCCCCUAGGGUUUCUGAUAACAGCUGGUUAUCAUGGAUGGUUAUGGCACAAUGUUCGUACCAAGCCUGAGACUACUAUCAUCGGCAUAAACACCAGAGGAAGAAGAUUAUGGGUCUCUGCAAUGAUCAAGGACAAUGAAAAGAAGAACAUCCUGGCAGUCCAGACGCUUCGAAACACGAUCAUGGGAUCAACCCUAAUGGCCACCACGUCGAUCCUUCUCUGCUCCGGCCUGGCGGCCGUGAUUAGCAGCACGUACAGCGUGAAGAAGCCGCUGAACGACGCCGUCUAUGGGGCUCAUGGGGAGUUCAUGGUCGCCCUCAAAUACGUGACCCUGCUCACCCUUUUCCUCUUCUCCUUCAUGUGUCACUCGCUUUCCAUCAGGUUCAUAAACCAAGUGAACAUCCUCAUCAACAGCCCUCAGGACCCCAGUUCUCCAGUGACCCCCGAGUACGUGUCGGAGCUUCUAGAGAAAGGUUACAUUCUGAACACGGUGGGGAACAGGCUUUUCUAUGCAGCACUACCUCUUAUGCUUUGGAUUUUUGGGCCGGUGCUGGUGUUUUUGUGCUCCAUAACCAUGGUGCCAAUGCUUUACAAUUUGGACUUUGUGCUUACAAGGCCUGAUCAGAAAGGAAAGAACAUGGAUACUUCUGGAAAUUCGGACUUCGUUUGAAUAUGCCGAUAUCCCAAGUCAUGAGGACGUUUGGUGCAUGAUCUAAUUAGUUUAUCGAAAAGAAGAAAAAGAAAGAAAAGACUGCAAUUUGAAGAAAUUUUGUAUAAAUGCUUUGUUCUCUAAUUUGACUUGCCUCAAUCAGAUGAAUCAAUCCCUUCCUGCUUUACUAAA